CGUUUCUUUCUCCCCAAAAAAAAACCCGAAAAUUUUUUGGAAUUCUCAUUUCCAGGAUGGCCAAGUGCUCCGCGUGCGGUCCGGGCUACGCCAGCCCUCUGGAUGCCAUGAAAGGGCCGCGGGAGCAGCUGCUGUACCUGCCCUGCAUUUACCGCAACACCGGCGCCGCCAUUCCCGAUUUCCUGGCCACUGUGGAUGUGGAUCCUGAAUCCCCCCAGUACUGCCAGGUUGUGCACCGCCUGCCCAUGCCCUACGUGGGGGAUGAGCUGCACCACUCGGGCUGGAACGCCUGCAGCAGCUGCCACGGCGACCGGCGCAAAUCGCGCGAUUUCCUCGUCCUGCCCAGCCUGGCCUCCUCCAGGGUUUACAUCGUGGAUGUGGCCACAGAUCCCAGGGCACCCCGCCUGCACAAGGUGGUGGAACCCCAGGAGCUGGCUCUCAAAGCCGGCGCCUCCUUCCCGCACACCUCGCACUGCCUGGGCUCGGGGGAAAUCCUCAUCAGCUGCCUGGGGGACCCCAAUGGCAACGGCAAAGGCACUUUUGUCCUCCUGGAUGGAGAAACUUUUGAAGUGAAAGGAAAUUGGGAAAAAGGAGAAAAAAUUCCCAGUUUGGGCUACGACUUCUGGUACCAACCCCGGCACAACGUCCUGCUGAGCACGGAGUGGGGCGUCCCCAAAAUCCUCAGCCGGGGCUUCGACCCCCAGGAUGUGCAGAAAGGGUUCUACGGGCGCCGAAUCAACGUUUGGGACUGGAGCGAGCGGCGCCUGAUCCAGGAACUGGAUUUGGGAUCGGGAUCCAUCCCGCUGGAAAUUCGAUUCCUGCACGACCCCAAAGCUGCUCAGGGCUUUGUGGGCUGUGCCCUGAGUGGGGAAAUUUGGAGAUUCUACAAAAAUUUGGAUGGAAAAUGGGAAGCAGAAAAAGUGAUUGAGGUGCCCAGCAAGAAAGUGCAGGGGUGGCUGCUGCCAGAAAUGCCAGGUCUGAUCACCGACAUCCUGAUCUCCCUGGAUGAUAAAUUCCUUUAUUUCAGUAACUGGAUCCACGGCGACGUUCGCCAGUACGACAUCAGCGACCCCAAAAACCCCAAACUCGUGGGGCAGGUGUUUUUGGGGGGCAGCAUCAGCCGAGGAGGAGCCGUGACCGUGCUGGAGGAUCGAGAACUGCGCCAGCAACCGGAGCCCUGCGUCAUCCAGGGGAAGAAGAUCCCAGGAGGGCCCCAGAUGCUGCAGCUCAGCCUGGACGGGCGCCGUCUCUACGUGACCACGUCUCUGUUCAGCGCCUGGGACCGGCAGUUCUACCCCGAGCUCAUCAGGCAGGGCUCGGUGCUGCUGCAGCUGGACGUGGACACAGCCCAGGGGGGGCUGAGCCUGAACCCCAAAUUCCUGCUGGAUUUCGGCAAAGAGCCGGGGGGGCCCUGCCUGGCACACGAGGUGCGCUACCCGGGGGGGGACUGCACCUCUGACAUCUGGCUCUGACACUGCAGGGAAUUGUUCUGGGAAAUUAAGGAAAUUUUUUGGGAAUUUUUUGUGAUUUUUUUAAGGAUUUU